UUUCUUCUCUACCUUAUCAUCUGUUUCUAUAUUUAUGCACAUGCAGGUAUUAGUGGGUUUACACUGCCAGCUACAAUCUACCUACACAUGUUCCAGUUGAUUAUAAGUUUAAUUGAAGUUGAAUUAACAUCAGGCUUUACGUCAGCCGACACGCAAGUGAAAUCAUCUCAUAGUAAAAACAAAACUAAAGAACACAGGAUGUGAGCGAGUUCCAAGCGUCUGAUGACUCAGAGUAUUCUAUCUGUUUUUUUUGUUAUUUUUUUGUUAUGGCAUUUAGUGUGAAUUUCCUGCAUAAUCAGAGCGUGUUGAUAUGUUGACCUGUGAGGGGUCAGGCUCAGGUUUAGGUUGGAUGGGAGGAGAGAGGAGGGGAAUGGACUCAGAGCAGACUAUUUAAAUGGGGGGAAACCUGCAGAGAGGCAUGUGUCAUCUCUCUGUCAUCCAGUUUUACAGGAGCUCAGCCACAAGUGGAAAAAGACAGGAUGCACGUCUUUCAGGCCCUUCUCUAUGUCUCUCUCGUGAUGGCUCCUGGAUACUUAAGUCUUCCAACAAAAGGAGACUCCAUCAGAAGCAUAAUAAGCAUAGCUCAGACAACCCUUGUUCACAUUAAGAAGUUGAGGACAAAGUUGCAAGUGGCUCCUCAGAUAGAGCCCAUCACUCCCUCCAUUGAGGGACUAACUAGCAUCAGCCAUGAUCUGGGACUUUUGGAUAACGAACUGCAGAGCCCCCUCACGGAGCUCUUCAGCCAGAUCCACGCCGACGUCUCCAGCAUGGAGGGACGGGUGCGCUCCCUCGCCGUGACGAUGGACUGCCCCGUCCAGGCCAAACCCGGAGGAGAGACCGGCAACAACGUGUUCCCCGACAGCCACCUUCACCUGACUCUCAUCAAGGUGCAGCGCUACCUGGAGAAGUUUCUCCUCCACAAGGACAAACUCAAGGUCUGCUGAGAAAUCACAUCACGCGUAUGUCAAGCCUUGCCAUUAUGUCUAAUAUACAGGCGUGUUUGCACAAAUAGCUCAGUGUAGUCAUAACUAUUUUUUUAAUAUUUCUGCAAUUAUGCUCUUCCUCCGGUUGCUAAACAUGUUGCAUGUAAUGCAAAGUAGCUUUUGAGGUGCUUAUUUUUGUAUGACAAAUAUUUUAUAGUUUGAAAAAUAUUUGAACUGUAGCUUUUUUUGUAUUAUCUGUAGACUUAUUUAUAUGACUUGAAUUAUAUUCAAAUUGUUUUAAUAUUGAAAAACUGAUAGUAACAGAUGUUUCUUCCAGAGUGGUUUACAAUUUAGAAAAAUGUUUUUGAUUGUUGGUAUGGGUAUAGUAUUAUAUGCAAGAUAUUUAAGGAAAAGUAUGGGAAACUAUGAAUGUGUGAUGUUACUGGUGUUUGAUUUGAAGUGCACUGUUUAUGGUGAUAUGUUAUUGAGCAGAAACAUUAAGCUAAUGGUCAGUAGGAUGUGACACAUUUUAGUUGAAAUGCCAUUUGUUAUAUUAAACUUUGCAAUAAAGAUUUUAGUCACUA